AUAGAGGAGUUGGACAAGGAAGAUUGCGUUAGGAGGCCAUAACUCAAGGACUGGUCCUCUGAAUCAGACGACCAGCUCUGGCAGGGAGGAACAGGAGGAGAAGACUUGAGCCCAGACCCCUGGCUCCCCCACUUUAGUCUGUAUUGGCUGGGGGGACCUGGCCUAAGGGAUGGAAGCAGAAAGCACAGGAAACCUGGAAGCCUGUGAUACUAGAGUGGGCCUGGGUCCUGCAAAAGGUUUGAGCAUCAAGGCUCUUAGCCAGUGGGCCUGGCCUGAUGCAGCCUCAGGAAGCAAGGCAUGUGAGGGCUGCUGAGGGCAUGGCAAGUAGAACCCUGGCCCUGUGUGAGGUGAGGCUUGGUUGCCUGGUGACUGUCCCUGGGCAGUCACCUGCUGUCAGAAGGAUUCUGCUUGCUGUGCUCACCCCUCAGUUGCAGUCACCUGCUACCUCUCCUUUUGCCACCAUGUCGCGGCAACUCAACAUGGAUACGGUGCGGCAGAACUUCUUGAAGGAGGACCUUCUGAAGGAGAAGAUGUUGCGCUGUGAAUGGCACCGCAAGUAUGGGUCGAUGGUAAAGGCCAAGCAGAAGGCUAAGGCUGCAGCCCAUCUACCCCUCAAACUGCCCGCCUUGUACCCCAAAGCCCCACUCUCACCCCCACCUGCCCCCAAAGCAGUCCCUGUCAGGGUCCCCAGCCCUCCCCUGGAGGCUUCUAUGCUGUCAGAAAUGUACCCAGUGCCACCUGCCACUCGGGCCCUGCUGUAUGAAGGCAUCUCCCACGACUUCCAGGGGCGCUACCACUACCUCAGCACCCGAAAACUGGACAUCCCAGAGAUGCGCUACCUCUUCCCCAUUACCACCAACUUCACAUAUGGCUGGCAGCUGGGCCCCACAGUGAAGCAAGAACUGGUCUCCUGCAAGAUGUGCCGCAUUGAAUCCUUCUUCCGCAAGAACGGGGCCUUUGCACCGCUUGACCCCCGGGAUCUGGCCCUCUGA